AUGCCCAUGAACGGAGACAACUGGGAGAGCAUUGGCAAGUACUACGGCCGCAAGGACGGCCAGAACUACCUCGACGCGGGGGGCGCCACGUACGCCUGCCACUGCGACGUGACGUCCACCGGGUGGUGGAGCAGGCGCGCCGAGAGCGGCGGCCAGGAGGCUGGGUGCCUCUGGGCGACCAAGAGCGGCCUGGUCCAGCCGGGGGCGUCCCUGGUGGACUGGCUGCCGACGCGGUCCUCGGCCUCCUCGCUGGUGCGCCUUCGCCGCGCCGCGGCCCCCGAGCCGGGCAGCGCCGCGGCGGCGGCGGCGGCGGCCGGCGUGGGCAGCUUCGCCCUGGGCGGCAGCGGCGCGGGCGGGCCGGUCGGGCUCGGCGCUGGCAGCGGGGCCGCGUUCAAGGAGGUGCUGCGCUUGAAGGGCGGCGGCGACCGCCAGGCGCCCGCCGCGACGAGCGGCGGCGACGCCCGGCGCGUGGUGUCCCUCCGCGGCGUCUCUGCGCACCCGGCGGCGGCCACGGGCCGCGGCAAUGAGAGCGAGCAGGCGCUGGGCAUCGUGCAGCACAGCUCGCGCCUGCGCGGGCUCGACCGGUUGCCCACCAACUUCGACUGGCGUGAGGAGCUUGCCGGGAUGGUGCCGCCAGGGCAGGACCCCCUCGCCCAGCAGAGUGACCAGGGCCCUUGCGGAUCCUGCUACGCUUUCGCUGGCAUCAUGGUGCUGCAGAUGCGCUUCCGCGUGCAGCUGUACAAGCAGCACGGCAUCCUGUACCCUUUGGAGCUCUCCUACAAGAGCCCCACGCGCUGCUCCCCGUACACGGAGGGCUGCAACGGCGGCUUCUCGUACUUCAUUUUCCGUCUCGCCUCCGAAGUUGGCGUCCCGCUGGCGGACUGCGACCAGCAGGUGCCUGCGGGUGCGCUGCAGCAGACGUGCGAUUGGAAGUGCUACAAGGGCAACGAGGAGCUCUUCUACGCCAAGGACUACUGGCAUGUGGGCGGCUUCUCGCACGGCUCGAGCGAAGAGCGCAUCAUGCGCGAGAUCUACGAGAAUGGGCCCGUGGAGCUGGCAUUCUCCACCACUGCAGUGCCCGAGUUCGUGAAGCUCAGCGGCCAGAGCGCCAAGGACGACACCGAUGUGAUGACCGUCAUCCUCAACGACCACGCGCCGAAAGAGAGGUACUCCAGCAAUCCGUCCGUCCACCGUUGGUGGUUCGCCACGCAUGCCAUCUUGGCGGUCGGCUGGGGCGAGGAGACGGUGAAGUGGGGGAUGGUCAAGUAUUGGACCGUCCGGAACAGUUGGGGCAGGGACUGGGGCGAGGGUGGCUACGCCAAGCUGAGGCGUGGGAACAACGACGGUGGGGCAGAGAACGACGCCUCGAUGGUGGUUCCCGACCUCAGCCGGCUGCCCGCCGGCUUCCUGGAGAAAGCCAGGAAGUACCACGCCGACCAGGAGGCCAACAGGAGGUCGUGGAAGGCGAGCGCGGAGGCGGCACCCGUCGCGGGCCACAACCGCGGUGGCGUGCCGGACUACUGCAAGACGAGGCCAGACUCGAUCGACUGCAAGUGA